GAAGCAAGUUAUUCGUCUGAUAUAUUAAAAAAUAAAACGCAGAUUCUCUCAUCGCUGAGUACUAUUUGUUACCGGAUUUUCCGUAUUCUUUUCUCCUCUUUACAGAGAACAAAUAACGCGAUUAUUUCGUUCCAUGGAGUGUAUUGACUGAUUAUUUAAAAACAUUGUUCUCCUCUCAGCUGAGUCUCUUUGAUGCUACUGUAACAAUGGUGAAUCCACAGAAUUGGACCAUUAAAUUUAUUCGCGAAGAAUAAAAAUUCAGCAAAUAGAAUCUGUCAACUGUCUGAACAAGAGAGGCCUUGGAAACUGAUAUCGAUAAUAACUGAGGUAUUUUCAUUGCUGGCAAUUUGAUUACAAUUGUCCAAAAUUAUUCCUCAAUUUUUACAACCACUUGAUAAUUUCGUAGAAAUUUCGAAGGAAAUAGUGAACCAUGAGCUGCAAUAUAUCCUGCAAAUUUUUAAAAUCUCUCCAGUGUUGUCCACGUACAAUUGAAAAAUGUUUCUGUGAUAAAUUUAUAAACUGAAGGGACUUAAGUUAAGCGAUAGGAAUGGUGAAUAUGGAAGAAUUGAUGAAAGAAAUGGAGGGCAUGAGUAUCACGGGUCAUUCAGCAUCUGCACAUCUCUGGAAAAAAUGUAUCGAUACAUUUGUCCCCCAGUGCAUGAGUGGAAUGGAUAUACCUUGUGCUGAAAAAGAUUUUCAAGAAUAUCGAGCAACAAUUGAUGGCCAUCUGAAAGAAAUCUGUGGAAUGUUUCGUCAGUUUAUCAUGGAGUCUGAUGAAGCGAAAGACAGAGAAAUUAUUAGGAUUAUUUUGAUGCACCUAAUUAUCACUGUUGGUGAGCAGAGUGAAAGAAGCCCUUGGAAUACUGAUGAAACUCCGGAGAUUGCUCACAAUAUUUUUAAUGAUAUUUGUGGAUUAUUUGAAAACAGCAAUUUAUCUAAUAUGCUAUGCGGAUCUGAUGAUAAAUUCCUGACUAUUUUGAUGAUUCUUAGGCCUAAACUGAUUAAGGAUACGUGGAAAACUUAUCCUGCAGCUGUAACUUGCUUUAAAUGGCUGCUAAACCAAGUCGAGAUUCCUGGACUGGUGAAAUAUUUAUCGAAUAUUCUUCCAACAACAUUAAUUAUUUUCGACGAUUUUGUCCCAGAAAAUAGAAUUAUUGGAUUACAAUGCAUCGACAAAAUAAUUCAGCAUUCAUCAACGCACAGAGAAUUUGUAGAAAAUGGCUACGCUGACGUUAUAUAUGAUGCUGUGGAAAAAUUGACGCAUCAGCGCGAUGUAAGAUAUAUCAUUCCGACGUUCACUUGUAUCACGCAUAUUUUGACAGCAAUGGAAAAUAAUAAUGAUCCGUUGAACCGAUUUGAGUGGACAAAGAGAGAUGAUGUGAUAGCAACACUUCUAGAUAAUAUGGAAAUGGAGCAGGAUUUGGAUUUGCGUCAUGCUUACAUGACAAGUUUGCCGAAACUUUUAACGGAUCUUGGAUGUGCCAAAUGGUUGCAAGCACUAAUUAGGAUACUUGAGGAGUACUGCAGUCAUCACACAGAUUUGAGAACUCUGAAAGCUACUUUGCAGACUGCAGAAGUUAUUCUCAAGCUGUUUCAUCUGCGAAUUCCAGCUCAUUGUACACCGCUCUACACGGCAUUCCUCAAGCUCCAUUUGGAUCUUACCGAAACACCAAUUUUCGAUAAAGAAAUAAUUAACAGUUUAGAAAGAUGUAUUUAUACUUUAUAUCAAUUGACUCCGAAUGUUGGUUCUGUAAUUAUGCGGGAUGAUCGUAUUCGUGCUAUUAUUGAGGAUAGUCUGCUUUUUGCAUGUACUGGUGAUACAAAAUACUGUAAUUAGGUUGCGACGAUGAAAUAGUACUUAUAAUCACUUCUAGAUGAGUAUAUAGCGUGAGGUAAUGAAUUAAUUUGAAUACGUCAAUGUACAGUUAUUUUUUUCUCUCGUAGUUGAACGUCUUUAUAAUUUUCUAGUCUGAGAAAUUUAAUAAAAUUGUUUCUCUGAAUCAAA